AUGGCAACUUUGUAUAAUGAUACUGAUUCGGAUUCGUAUUAUAGGGUUAGAAGAUGUUUGACAAGUACUACCACAACUCAAAGUAACGACGAGAUUGAUGCUGUUUCAAAAGCUCUCGUCCGAAUGCCUGAUGAGGAAUCCAAUGAACUGAAAAAAUUUCGAAAACUUUGGUGGGAUCAAGGAAACCUUCAUCCAAAGGCGGAAUGGGAUCAUGCGAAGCUCCCAUACACCCUUGUUGAAGGAGUGUCUUUGGAAGAAUACGAACGUCGUGGAGACGUUUUUAAUGUUCAUGGCUACUGGGAAUGGUUUGAUGGCAAGGUCAAGGUCAUUGAAUGUCCGUCUAGACCACAUGAAAUUUGUAUUAACGAGAUAGUUGAGGAAUUAAUGGAUGCUUGCAGAGAUGUAAAGAGGACCGAUGCCAAGGUUUAUAAUAUAGGGUCAUCUCGAACUCGUAGCGGUGAUUCCGGAAAAGAAGCUGACGCAUCAUUUGGCCCCCAAAAAAUUGCAGUAACUUCACCAAAUGGGAGCGAUGGAAAC